CAGCAGUGCUGAAGAGCACGUCCGAGCAGCGCAGAGCAGAGCAGACCGAGAACCUGCCCCACGCAUCACCAUCUUACCAUGACCAAAAAGUCGACAGCCAACCACUCGGGUCGACACUGCAGCUGCAGUAGCGAUGGCAUGAGCUCCACUCGGCGCUCCUUGUCGCGCACGCUCGCCAGCGAGCAGGGCCAAGACCCUCUUUCGCAGGCUGAGGAUGCCAGCACCCACAGCUUAGGCACAGAUACUGCAUCUCCCGCUUCCACUGAGGUCACCGCCGCCGGCAGUGGCAGAAAAGGGGGCGUAGGAGAGAUAGACAAGGGCCCGGAGGCGUUCGAGUGGGGUGUCAACACGCGCCAGCACAUCGCAGACGCGCUUGCCGUCGAGGAGGUCGACGUCGAUCUGUACAAAAGCGUCUCGCUCUGGACGCCGAGCAGGGCACGAGGCGUGUUCGGCGGACAAGUCAUCGCUCAGGCUUUGUCGGCUGCCAGAAACACGGUCCGAGAGGGCCCUGUGCUGCACUCGAUGCACUGCUACUUCCUUCUCGCCGGCGAUGAAACAAUCCCGAUCAUCUAUACCGUCAAACGCGUCCGUGACGGCGGCUCGUACGUCACGCGCUCGACCACGGCGAGCCAGCGCGGCAAGACAAUCUUCAUCCUGAUCUCGUCCUACCAGAUUCCCGAGCCGGAGCAGCCAACGUUCGCCAUCCCGCUCUCGCCGAAGUUCCAGGCGGACAGCAGCAGCUCUGGCAGCCCAUCGAAACCUAACGGAGGCCCUACUCGCGCGAUUGGCAGCAUUAUCGAGGAAGCAGGGACGUCUAUGACCCGGCCGCCGACGAUGAGUGAGCAGUCGUGGAGCUCUUUCGUCAGCACGCUGCGCUCGCCGGAAGACUCGCCAUGCAAUGAGGAGCGCUACACACGCGUGCUCGCGCGCGCGGGGAGCAAGCUGUCGGACGCGACGGUGCGCAUUCUGCAGGCCUGGAUCAACGACCGCCGCAGCUCCGCCGUUGAGAUCCGUGACGCGCUCCCCGGAAUGUAUGACGAGCGGGGCCUGCCAACGCCCGGAGAUCAUCAGGCGUUCUGGAUGCGCACGCGGGAGCCGAUGCGUGGCGGUGCGGAUGCGCAGAAGCAUGCGUUGGCGUAUGCGAGCGACUUCUACCUGCUCUCCGCCGUGCCCAAGGCGCUCAAUGUGGGCAGCAAGAUCAAGAUGAUGGCCUCGCUGGACCACUCGAUGUGGUUCUACCACGACUUUGACGUACACGACUGGGUGCUGUACGUGAUGCAGGUUCAGGCCGUGUCCAACGGGCGUGGUGUCGUCCUCGGGCGCCUGUAUAGGCGCGACGGGACGCUGGUCGCUGUUGUGGCGCAAGAAGGCCUCUUGCGCAAACGCUUCGAUGCACCCCAUAAUCUCUAAGGAAGAAUGCUGCGAUGAUAUACAUUUUUCUCGUGCAAGGACCACCAUUAUCGCCGCACCUCAGCGCCGAUUACGAUCAAGAUAAUCGUAUCUUUCUAUCAAUGUAUGCUAGAGGUGCGCGCUUUGCAAUGUAG